GAGGUGUUUGACGGCGUGUUGAGUGAAAAUGCAGUUGCCGCAGCCCUCCACACCUUGGGGCGUUCCGCCUCUGGCACGGAGUGUGUCUACCUUCAUCUGUCGCUUUCGUAUCACCUUUUGACCGACAUCAGAAUUCUUGACAAAUACGUCCACCUUGAGAAGCUCGAUCUUUCCAACAAUAAAAUCCGCGAUCUCUCCUGCGUCAGUCACAUGCCUUGCCUGUUGGAACUGGACGUAUCCCAUAAUGCACUAACCACCUAUUUCGACUUCAGUCCACCCAGGAAUCUCCAGGUGGCUAAUUUCUCCUACAACAACAUUCCAGAAAUGCAAGAUCUUUCCAAUUACCAGUCCCUCAGAAAGCUCAUCCUGGACAAUAACAACAUCACGGAGAUACAAGGUCUGGAGAAAUGCCACAACUUGACCUACCUGAGCUUGGCCAAUAACAAAAUCAAAGCAAUUACCGGCUUGAAAAAAUUGCCCAUCAAAACUCUCUGCCUGAAAUCGAACCAGAUCGAGAAGGCGGUGGGCCUGGAAGGCCUCAAGGUGCUACAGGUGGUGGACUUAUCUGACAACCAGAUCAGCAGCUUGGAGGGUCUGGAAGAGCACAACCUUCUGGAGGACAUCAACCUGGAAAAUAACCAGGUGUCUGAACUGAGUGAGCUGGAAUAUAUUGAAUCUCUGCCUCUGCUGAGAGUGUUCAAUCUGUUGAAGAAUCCCGUUCAGGAACAAGAAGAUUAUUGGCUCCUGGUGAUUUUUAUGCUGCUCCGUCUGACCGAACUGGAUCACCAGAAGAUCUCCGUGGAGGAAAAGGUAAAGUCUCUAAAAAGUUUGCCGUCCCUGAUCUGUGACCUCAACGAGGAAGCCCACGGAUGUUCUCGUCGGCCCCCGUGAGGGACGUCGCCAAGCUUUUCCUUCUCUUCCUCCAGCACCCUGCCCAGCCUUGAUGCCCCCUACCCCAUGUUGGUCUUGACUGGACCUUUGGCCUGUUGGAAGCGCGAGCUGUGUCACAGGCUCUGUCGGAAGUUCAACAACUAUUUCAGAUACAGCCCCUGUCACACCACCAGGAGCCCUUACUUCGGAGAAGAGAACCGGUUAGAUUACUACUACGUCUCCCAGGAGGAAUUUGACAAGAUGGUGAACACGGGGAAGUUUAUAGCCACGUUCAAAUAUAGCGGCUUUCACUACGGGCUGAGCCGGGAGGUCAUUGAAAGCAUUGCGAGGGAGGGGCUGGCCACCUGCGUCCAUUUGGAAAUAGAGGGGGUCCGAAGUUUGAAGAAUUCCUACUUCGAGCCACGAUACAUCCUGCUCAUCCCAGUGAACAAGGAGAAAUACGGGGGUCACCUCCGAAGGAUGGGCUUGUUCAGCAGACCGGAGAUUGAGGAAGCCCUCCGGAGGGUGGACAUGUACACCCGGAUGAACCAGGAUUUCCCCGGCUUUUUCGAUGCCGCCAUCAACGUAGAUGAUUAUGAUGAGGCCUUCUCCAAACUUAGCGGUCUCGUGGAGGAGUUCCUGGGGCUGGUGCCGACGUCCGAAUCCAAAGCCGCGGUUCCUGCGGUGGGCGGCAAAGACCCUUCAGCUCCCAAGAAGGAGUCAUCUGCAGCUCUGAAAGUCAGCAACGUCAGAGGGACCGAUGGUGUUGCACCAUCCCCUACUCCCAAUGAAUUUAUGGAUUCUUCAGCCAAAAACUACUCGGCCAAAAUAUCGGCCCAACUUUCGGCGCAGAAGACCCCGGUGGAAGAGGCAUCGCUCCAGCGCAGACAACAGCUGGCCAAGCAGGGCCUGAUGGGCAAAACCAUCUCCUCCUACGCCCAGCUGUUCGAGAGGGAUGCCCUCCGAGUUGCAGACCCCAGCGUGCAUAGCCAGUUUUUAGAGCCCCCAUCUUUCAUCUCCACGGGGUCCUUUAGACGUACCAUGAGCCCCGUCCCACCCACCACUCCUGACCAAAGAUACAGGGAAUCCGGUCAACCAGCCAAGAAGUCCCUCACCGAUCCAGGAUCACUCCUUUCUCCCAGCAUAUCUUCUACCCGUCCCUCCAGGACCAUCCCCGCAGAAGUCACCGAUGAAAAAAGGAGCCGACAAGAGGCCGACCGUCCCGCGGAGGGCAAGGAGAAGAAGACCCCCAAGCACAAAGCCCCUUCCCCACACCUCACCCCCACGGUCACCGUCCGCCCAGGGUCCAACACCAAGCCGGUCCUUCCUCCCAUCCCAUCCGGCCGGAAGAAGCCCAAAGCGGCCGCCGUGGACAGCUACGCCUCGGUCGUGUGGUUGAAGCCCUAG